AGUUAUUGAAUUCAACAGGUCAAUCAGCGAAUGGCGACAGGACAAUUUGACGUAACACUGUCGUCGUUGCCGCUUCAAAUAUUUGUGUACUUCAACGGCGGCUACCUGCCGUUGUUCUUUCUAAUCGAAUGUCUAGUUUUCAUGUACAAAGGCACUGUGUUGCCGUAUCCCGGCAGUAAUCUGGCCGCAGAGGUUGUUCUUCUCUUUCUUUAUGCAGCCGUCGAGGCUUGCAGGUUGUUCUUCGGUGCUAAAGGAAAUUUGACGCAGCGGAAGGUGCCGUUGUUGGUUGCGCUUGGAUUGUCUAUUCCGGUGCUGUUUGGGUAUCUGUUUUUUCUGUUGUGGCAGACUUAUGUGUUGAGAUUGGAGGUGAUUCUUGUUGGUAUUGGAAUGGUGCUGUUGGGAUUCCAGAUAUUGUUUAGUCUUGUUACGGUGUGGGCCUUUUUGAGGCAAGACAGUAUUCGGUGAGCUUGUCACUCUUACAUCAUAACUUACUGAUCUAUUUCUAUUGAACGUGCAUGAAUGAUGACACGUGUUUGAACAUCCUCAAUCAUGCAGUUUGGCCAGUACAAUUUAAGAACUCUACGUAACAACAUGAAGUCAGUUUUUCACGAUUAAAUGUUAGCCGUCCGACCGUUUAUUUACAAACUCUGUAUUUCCACAACGGCAAGCCGCACUGCAUUAAAUGCAGUCUUGUAGUGUAGUCGUAGUAUCGGUGCUGCCGUGUACAAAUGUGCUACUAUUGUUUUCAAUUGAGCCAACGUUGGCAUCUCAGCUAA